AUGAGUUCACACAGGCUCAUUUAUGAUGAAGACGGAAUUGCCAAUGUACUUGCUAUGCGCGAGAUGAUUGCUGCGGGAUACCGCAUUACAAUGGAUACUGACUUUGACAAUGCCUUUGUUGUGCAUUGCGAUGGAGACAGACAGAUGCGAUUUGUGAAUCGUAAGGGUGUAUAUGUGUUGGAGCAACUUGGAGCGGAUGUCGAAGCAGGUGCCAAAGAGACAAAUGCAAUGUAUUGUCGCCAGUUAAGCAGCGUAAAUAAACAGCCCCAUUUCGAACUUUCUUCAAAACAGAAUGGAUAUGCUGGACUCGGGAUGACUGCGAAGAUGGCAACGGUUCGAAAGAACAAGGAAGGAUUCACUCGAAGACAAGUCAAGGCUACGAUGGAAGCGAGAAGUGCGAUGCACAUACUCAAUGCUCCAAGCACCAAAAGUCUGAAGUGUGCGAUCCGAUUUGGUCUCAUCAAGGGCUGUCCUAUCACUGAAGAAGCAAUCAACCAUGUUGAAGCAAUCUUUGGACCUGACGCAUCUACAUUGAAAGGCAAGUCAACAAGACCAACUCCAAAGAAGACACACUAUGACUUCUUCAGUCCACCAGAGGAACUGUACCAACACAAUCACAUGGAGAUCGGAGAUGCUACGUUUCUCACCUGCAUUGAUACCACUGUGCGUUAUCGCUCAUGUAUUCCCAUGCAGAACCUCAAGACUGACCCUGUAUUUGCUCCUGAGGGCUCCUCCACCACGUCACGUCGCUACGCACCAGCGCCUUCACAUCCUUCCUGUCCAUGGUGGACCGCACCGCUUCCCUCUGAUGUUCUUCGCGCUACGACGGCUGCCGAGCUUUGCACAGACCAUUACGGGUGGGUUCCAGAUGAGAUUGAGGUUCACAGUGAGGAAGCCACCUUAGCUGAUGCUCUGUUGGAAGGUCGCCUGCGCGUGAUCAGCGAUGGAUCCUUCAAGAACGAGUUAGGGACAGCGGCGGUUCAACUCUUGGUGAAGCAUGGAGGGUGCCAUCGAAUCAUCAUCCGGUGUCAGACCCCCGGUUUGCCCCAGGAUCAGAGCCAGUACGGCAGCGAACUCAUUGGUCUGUUGGCCUGUAUAAUGGCGGUUGAUUGGCUCCUUCAGCAAUGGUUCCCAAACCUUUCGACAUGCCCCAAGGUGCGGAUUGCUUGCGAUGGUCUCUCUGCCAUUGAGAUGGCUUUCGAAGAUCGCCCACUGUCUCCAACUGAUGCCCAGUUCGACUUGGUGUCAUCCAUUUGGGAAGCUAUCCUUCGGUCCUUGGUGGAUUGGUCGCCUCAGCACGUGUAUGGCCAUCUUGACAAGUCCAAUCUCUUUGACGAACUUUCUUGGUGGGAGAAACGGAACCUUGAGGUGGAUGGAAUGGCGGUGGAGUACCGUAAGGAACUUGAGAUGGCCAAUCAUCUCAUAGCCCCCAAUCCUCGUUUCUUCACUGAACUUGCGGCAUUGUACAUGGCGGACACCAAACAGUCACGCCUUGUUCCUCAGUUCAUCCAAGAGUGUGGGACCCUUCCCGCCCUACGCUCGCGCUGGAGGGACAAAGGUACUAUCUCGGCCGCAGCCGAGUCUUAG